CUAAAAGAAGGACGCAUUUUAAGGCCGCAUAACGAGGACUCUUGGAAUCCGACCAGACUUCGGCGCCAUAAUCGUCCUUCGAAUCUGGCCUUCUGAGGACGCUUCCCAUGAAUUCGAACAGGGCCAAUAAGAAGACGACGAUCCCGGAAGUGUCAGAACGUGUCAUGUGAUCGGUCGUUUUGGCAGCUUGCCCGAGUAGCUAUGUAAAAAUAAGAGUAAAACUGCUUGGAGGGGUUCCGAACUAGCACGUUUCGCUGUUAACGAACUAAUCCACGAUGCAGGACGUCAUAAACUCGAUGAAAGGGACAGCUCUGGGUGUGGCUGAAUUCCUAACUCCGGUGCUGAAGGAAUCUAAGUUCAAAGAGACUGGAGUCAUUACCCCAGAGGAGUUUGUAGCAGCCGGAGAUCACCUGGUCCAUCACUGCCCCACAUGGAAAUGGGCUUCUGGGGAAGAAGCAAAGGUGAAGCCAUAUUUGCCACGGGACAAACAGUUUCUCUUGACACGCAAUGUCCCAUGUUACAAGCGCUGUAAACAGAUGGAGUAUUCUGAUGAGCUGGAAGCCAUUAUAGAGGAAGAUGAUGGAGACGGUGGCUGGGUGGACACCUAUCACAACUCAGGUGUGGUAGGGGUGACAGAUGCUGUGCGUGAAAUAUCUCUGGACAACAGUAAGGACAAGAACAUGAAUGCCAUGUCUACGCUGUGUUGUGAUGACGAUGAAGAUGAGGACGAGGAUGGAGGAGAAGCGGCAGAUAUGGAAGAAUAUGAGGAAAGCGGCUUAUUGGAGACAGAUGAGGCCACUUUGGACACCAGCAAAAUGGUGGAAACCAAAGCCAAAGUAGAAGCUGGCAGUGAGGAUGCCAUCCUUCAGACCAGAACCUAUGACCUAUACAUCACCUACGAUAAAUACUACCAGACGCCUCGACUCUGGCUAUUCGGUUAUGAUGAAGACAGGCAGCCACUGACUGUGGAGCAGAUGUACGAGGACAUUAGCCAGGACCAUGUGAAGAAAACGGUCACCAUUGAGACACAUCCCCACCUGCCUCCGCCCGCCAUGUGCUCUGUACACCCCUGCAGACAUGCUGAAGUGAUGAAGAAGAUUAUUGAAACAGUGGCCGAAGGAGGAGGAGAGCUGGGAGUUCAUAUGUACCUUCUGAUUUUCCUAAAGUUUGUCCAGGCUGUCAUUCCAACAAUAGAAUAUGACUACACAAGACAUUUUACAAUGUAGUUCCAUCUAUGCAGAAGGACUUCAGCUAACACACCAUAUCUGCUCAAGUAUACAACUUGUUUAUCUUACAUUGAUUCUUUGUUGAUGCCAUCAGAUAAGUCUUUUAUUGUGUCAGCCGCUUGUUUUUUGUGAAAGCU